CAGAAACCAAUUCACAAUUGACGAAUCGAAAUCGCGUCCGGCCUUGACUCAAUCGGCUCUCGCUCUCUGCCUCUCUCGAGUCACGACUAUCGACCGGCUCUUGGCCUCUCGCUCUCGCUCUCGCAUCUUGUGGCUUGUGAGACUGAACUCAACAAGAAUGGUGAAGAGAAAGCAAGGAAACAAAGAGAAAGCAACAGACAUGAAGUCGCAGAGGAUGGAACUGAAAUUGGUGAUAAAUGGUAUCGAAUAUAUGGGUGAACUAUCCGGAGACAAGAAUAGUGAGAAGAAACGCAAAUACAAAGGGAAGGAUUUGAGAAAUGAUGCAAAAAUGGCGAGGAAGGAAAAGUCCACAGGAGUUUCUGUUGAUUCACGAAACGGAGGUCCAAAGAGAAAAAAGACUUCUUCCGAUUCAGGCUUUGAAACACCAUGUAUAAAGAACCCCAAAAGGAUCGGGAAGGUGAAGCCAUCACAUAAAGUUGAACAAUUGAAUCUUAUAGUAGAAAAUAAUGAAAGACCACGAAGCCGCCGGAAAUACAAUGGUCUUCGAACAAGAACAUCACCAAAGACAUUGUUCCUUGCCAUUCAUUCCUUGUCAACAUCCCAGAGGCAAUGUGUGGAGGAAAUGGGAUUUGGGAAAAUACUUGAUAUGAAAGUAGAUGGAAUCCCUUCUAAACUAGGAUUUUAUGUUGUGGAUAGGUUUGAUGAAAAGAAAAUGGAAAUAAGGCUGGAAAAUGGCUCUAUUAAGAUUACAAAAGAUUUAAUCCAUGAUAUGCUUGGGGUACCAAAUGGAGGAGUCGAAUUACAUUCGUUACAGGGUACCGAAACUGAUGAUACCAUAUUGAAGGAAUGGAAGAAACAAUAUGGCAAGACUCUCAUCCGUCCUGCUGAUGUAAUGAGGGAAAUAAUUGUUUCAGAAGACGCAGGGUUGAAUUUCAAGCUUAAUUUCCUCAUCUUGAUCUCCAACACAAUGGCAGAAGGCAUGAAGAUGGGUAUUUGCAACCUGAAUAUUCUGUCAUACAUCCGUGAAGACACAGUAAUCCACGAUUUAGACUGGUGCAGCUAUAUAUGGGACUGCUUGAAGGUGAGCAAAUUGGGGUGGAAAAGAGAUGCUGACAUAAGCUUCUACACUGGUCCUCUAACAUUUCUAACGUUGUUGUAUCUUGACGCCACAAAAUGCAAAAAGGUGACAGUUGUUCGCCAACGACCAGCAAUAAAAUGUUGGAGUAUGGAGCUUAUGAGGCAAAGAGAAUUUGCAGAGAUCGAUACAGGGGGGUUUGGGUUGGGGGACUUCGAAGAUCCUUUUGAAUUGACACGAACUGACGAUGAAGGAAUUCUUGCAAUUGAAUGGGGCGCGGUUAGUGAAAGAAGUGAGAAGAAGGAUGAUGAAUGUUGUGAUCCUUCAUCACCAACUGAGAUUGAGGGUUAUUUGUUGAAAAUUGAUGAAAGAUUCUCAUGCUUAAUGGCGGAGAAGACGAAAAUGGAAUCAACAUUACGUGAGGCUAUGACAAAAUAUCCAGGAAUGUCUAAGCUUAAAGAAUGGGAAACGAAAUUAGAAGCUUUGUUUGGGGGAAAGUCAGAUGUGAACGGGUUUACACACAGAGAUCAAGCAACAAUGGUGCCGGAGAAUCUUGAUUCUGCACCAAAAUGUAUCGAAGAAGUUGUUGAUGCUCACGUAGAUGAGGGAGAUGAGGGAGAUGAGGGGGAUGAGAGAGAAGAUAAUGAAGAAACAAAGCCGCAAUUUUGGAUCAACAUGGAGACUCACAGUGUGAUUGAUGGAGCUGGUGAGAGCGUCGAGAAAAAUUGUAGAAUUGAUAAUUCAGUUCUACCAAAUUACGACAUUGGUUUAACUCAGGAGUUGGUGAAUGAGUCUUCAUUUGAGUUGCUUUUAUCUGAAGGAAAGUCUGUUCAUGAAGCUGCAAUAAGUGUCGAACCACUUAGUUCGUGUUAUGAAGAAAAAACCAACUGAUUAGGUCGUUGAGAACAAAGAUAAAUAAGCGCGUUAGGGGAAGAUAGAACGAGGCUGAUAGACAUUAAUCACACCAUACAUGAACAUGGAUGCUUUAUGAACUAGUUUGUGUGAAUGUUGAUUGUUGAAUUCACACGUAAAUAUAGUUAUUGCUAAUUACUGUAAGUAGUUUGUGAAUAGUAGGUCAUAUUCACAUGUGAAUAGAGAUGGGCAUACCGGCUUGGAUUGUGUAGCAGGGUCCGGUUAAGGCACAACUGAUCGGGCCUAGUUAAGUAACUGGUCGCCCCACCCAAUUAACCACAACCAGGCUCUUCGUAACCGAUCAAGUUUUUUAAGUUAAUUUCAUUGUAUCAAGUGUCGAUGCCUAAUUUGGGUAA